GGAUCGUAGCCUACUUUGAAGCUGGCGGGUUGGGCCACACUCCAAUGAACCUACACAGACCGACCGACCGACCGAGGGAGAGGCGAAAAGUCCGGCAAAGACACACGGUCGUAAUCUCCUGAAACACAGCCGUAAAUCACCAGAAAGUGUGACAAGAGAAGUUGUGGUGUAGUUGCAGCCCCGCGUCCUCUCGGCUUCACCUCCUCGGCUCGAAGGAAACCAAUGUGGGAUAGUGAUUGGAGUUGACAAGCCCGCUCCUCUACUGUAUCUGCCCUGCUCCCUCCUCUCCCGCUCCACACGAACCAGGAAAUCGUCGAGGUGUGCUUCUUUCUACCGCUGGUGGCUACCCCGUUUGCGGGUGUAGAUGCGUGUUUUUUCCGCCGAUUUUCCCUCGGUUUUUUUUUUUUUUAUUUAUUUCAUUAGUCUGACUUUUUUUUCUGACGCCGGGCUUCAGCCUCUGAAGUCAGCCAAACUUGCCGACGAGGAGAGGACCUCCACUCUGGCCGAACAAUGAGUGAGUCGAGUAUUUGCCAGGCUCGGGCCACUGUGAUGAUCUAUGACGAUGGCAAUAAGAAGUGGUUGCCGGCCGGUGCUGGACCCCAGGCAUUCAGCAGAGUCCAGAUCUAUCACAACCCCACCACCAAUGCCUUCAGGAUAGUGGGACGCAAGAUGCAGACGGAUCAGCAGGUGGUUAUAAACUGUCCAAUCGUGAGAGGUCUCAAGUAUAACCAGGCCACAAAUAAUUUCCAUCAGUGGCGGGACGCCCGGCAGGUGUGGGGACUCAACUUUGGCAGCAAAGAGGAUGCUACUCUAUUUGCCAACGGCAUGUCUCACGCUCUGGAGGUGCUCAACUCUGUAGCAGACGCUGGCUAUGCGACCCUCCCCCGCCCAGUGUCAAAUGGACCUUCUCCAGAGGAGCUUGAACAACAGCGGAGGUUGGAACAGCAGAGGUUGGAACAGCAGGAACGAGAGCGACAAGAGAGAGAAAGACAGGAGCGGGAGAGGCAGGAAAGAGAGAGACUGGAGAGAGAAAGACAAACUGCUUCUGCAGGUCAGGAAACGCCUGUGCUGGUCAACACAACUGCUACAACACAGUCCAGUCUUAUCCCUAUUCCUCCAGCCCCACCUUUGGUCCUUGGAGGCAGCGCUCCUCCACCAGCUCCUCCUCCACCCCCUGGCCCUCCUCCUGCUUCUGGUAUCCCUCCCCCUCCAGGACCACCUCCCUCAGGACCUCCGCCGGCCCCACCCCUACCCGCUGCAGGUGGAGGUGGAGGUGACGGACCUGGUGGUUUAAGUGGAGGUGGUCUUGCGGCCGCCCUUGCAGGAGCUAAACUCCGCAAAGUGUCAAAGCAGGACGACGGAGCUUCUGCAGCUCCAAUAAGCAGAGCUGACUCGAACCGUAACAGCAACUCGUCUAUUGGAGGAGGGGGGGGAGGAGGUCUGAUGGGUGAAAUGAGUGCCAUCUUGGCACGAAGGAGAAAAGCUGCAGACACUGGAGAGAAGCCACCUGUGAAGCCACAAGAUAAUGAUGAUUCAGAGCCUCAAGGUCAAAGCGACACCAUUAGAAGACCUUGGGAGAAAUCUACUAUGAACAGGAAUAACUCCAUCACCAAGAGCAUGGACUCCACUUCCACAUUGUCCCAAGGUUCCAGGGCAAAGCCUGCUGGUAACAGUAACGAUGCAGGUGGAAUGGAUGACACAGACUUAGAGAAAAUGAAACAGGAGAUCCUGGAGGAGGUGCGGAAAGAACUGCAAAAAGUCAAGGAGGAAAUAAUUGGAGCCUUUAUUCAGGAGCUGCAAAAGAGAAACACAUAGUUCUGCUGAGUGUCAGGUGUAACAGAGGGAUGUGAUAGAUGGAGGUGGUUGAGGCCCCGUUGGGACUUCUCCUCCAUUCCGCCCUCCAAUGUAGCCCAGGGAUUUCUUUUUUUUUUUUCUCCUAUACAUUUUCUCUUUUUCUCUUACACACACACACACACAAACGCGCGCACGUGAGCAUACUUGCUUAUGUGUUCAUCAUGCAUAUUCACUUCAUAUUAAUGGUAACCCAGGGAACAUCCUCACGUCGCCACCCGGCACUUUUGACGAUCACUCACAAAAAUUGCGGCCGUGAUCCCAUCUAUUCCAUCUCCCCCCUGUUCAUUCAUCCCGUCCCCUUGUGUUCUCCAUGUGUUCUGUUUAUCUGAACCAAUUCAGAGCACAUAGCUUACAGCCACAGUUGCUCUUCCAAUUUGUCAUCACGUACACUCAUCAUAACCCUCUUUUCUGCAGAAAUCCCGCUACUUGUGUCUUCUCCCUUCUGCUAUCAGACGCACCAUUUACUGACAGAGCAGUCUUCAGUAUUCAGGGACAACGUAUUAGUCACGUUUUUACUGUAAUAGCAAGAUGCUGGCAUGCUGGGAUCAUUUUUUUCUCUUUCUCAGUCGGCUAACAAUUGUUCAACCUCAAGCACUGCUACAGACAUACAUCUGCUAGUAGGUUAUUGUCUCUGAUGGUAGUCGAAGGUGGAAAAACAACAACAAUAAUAAAAGAUGAAAUGGAGACUCCAACCCCCUGUCUACUGCGGUGUUCUCUCUUUCGGGUGGACUUUCAGCUCCAAGCAAUGACUAAGAACUAAAACAGCACAACACAAGCCUUCACUGCUGCCAGAUAGAGAAGUUAGAGGAAGAGGAAACAAGCAAAGGGAAUCUGAUGGACAACUCGAGUGCUGUGAAAGGGGAGUGUGUUGUAGUUUUAUGAUGUGUGAGAAAUUGAUUCUCUUUGCAUUGCACUUGUUCCAGAGGAAGUGUGUCUGUGUGCCACACUGCCUUGACAGACUAUUCCCUCUCACUCAAAAUGAGAUAUUUGUUGGCCAGUGCAGUGGUCCUACACUGUGCUUCCGCUAGUUAUUUUCUUCCAUUUUAGUUAUGUUUUCUAACUUUGAAACAUGAAAAAUGGCCAUGAUGAGGUCAAUUAAUUUGGCCAUGACCAACUGCCUUGAGAAUAAAUAUAUAAAUAUAUAUAUAUAAAGGAAAAUAUAUAUUUGUUUUGAGGGAAAAUGUUAGCAAAAAUGAAAUGGUGUUUCUAUUUUAAUUGAAAUGACUGGUGAAUGGGGAUUUUGUUUCCUUUUUUUUUUCAAUGAUUGUUUUCUUAUGAAAUGUUAUUUUGGGUUUACUGUUUCUUUUUUCUAAUAGAGUCUAGGCUUUUUACACUGAAAUAUUAAGAAAACAGCUUAGAGACACUGGAUUAGAAAAUGCCUUUAUAGUCAAAUACAGCUGCUUCUUGAAACGCA